AUGGGAAUCUUACACGAAAACGACGCUGCUCCUCCCAAGGAUAUUCAACGAUAUUAUCCAAUUGGCACUCCUGGAAAGCCGUGGACCAAAGAAGAAGAUGAUGAAUGGAAGAAGCUAACCAAACUUCAACGAUCCUACAAGGAAGAAGUCCUUGACAAACUAACCGCCAUGCAAGUAGACUCAUCCUCAAAUAACGAAGAAUGGUUUGAAAUCAAGCAAUAUGGUUCCUUGUCCCACAAUCCUUCCAAGUAUCCACUCAUGGCGGUUCAAUCCAAAGCAUUUGAUGCUACCAAACCCUUUGUCUUGGUCACGGGUGGCGUCCAUGGGUACGAAACAUCCGGAGUUCAAGGCGCCAUUCAAUUUUUGACGCAGGAAGCUGCCAAAUAUGCCAAGGACUUUAAUCUGGUCAUUUUGCCCUGUGUCAGUCCCUGGGCGUAUGAGCACAUUCAACGAUGGGAUGCUGAAUUGCUGGAUCCCAAUCGGUCCUUUCAACCGGACGAUGAAUCCAAGCAAACGGAAGAAUCCAAGGCAUUGAUUUCCCAUUUGAAACAAAUUGAAGAAUCCGCCAAAAAGAGCAACGACAUUGGCGAAACCAAACCGAAAUAUUUUUGGAAGUGCCAUGUGGACUUGCACGAAACCACCAAUACGGAUGCCACGGAAUUCAUGCCGGCCAAACAUGCCAAGGCUGGUUUGCCAUAUGAAGGAGAAGUCAUUCCCGAUGGUUUUUAUCUAGUGGCCAACAAUGCCAACCCGCAAUUGGAAUUCCAUCAAGCAGUCAUUGACAAGGUCAAGAAAGUGACGCACAUUGCACCACCCGAUGAAAAUGGUGACAUUAUUGGUGAACCGGUCGUUCAAGAAGGUGUCAUUCAAGUGCCGGCACGGGAAUUGGGAUUGUGUGGUGGCGUCACCUUGGGUGAAUAUGCCACUACGACCGAAGUCUAUCCGGAUUCUCCCAAGGCGACGGAUGAAAUUUGCAAUCGAGCGCAAGUUGCCUCUGUUGUCGGGGCGCUGGAAUACAUUUUGACCAAGGCAGGCUAA